CACUGACAAAACAGAUGAUGAGGAUGACGAAGACCUAGCUGGCAACAAGACAUGGGUGCUGUCCCCAAAGAUCCACGAAGGAGACGUCACUCGCAUACUGAACUCUUUACUCCAAGGGUACGACAACAAACUUCGGCCAGACAUUGGAGUGACAACCACAGUAAUUGAAACAGAUGUCUAUGUUAACAGCAUUGGCCCAGUUGAUCCAAUUAAUAUGGAGUACACCAUAGACAUAAUUUUUGCCCAGACUUGGUAUGACAGCCGCCUGAAAUUCAACAGCACCAUGAAAGUACUCAUGCUAAACAGCAAUAUGGUUGGGAAAAUCUGGAUUCCGGAUACUUUCUUCCGAAACUCAAGGAAAUCAGAUGCCCAUUGGAUCACGACUCCAAACCGCUUGCUACGCAUUAGAAAUGAUGGACGAGUAUUAUAUACUCUCAGGUUGACAAUUAAUGCUGAGUGUUACCUUAAGCUUCACAACUUUCCCAUGGAUGCACAUUCCUGUCCGCUGGAGUUUUCAAGCUAUGGAUACCCCAAGAAUGAAAUUGUAUACAAAUGGAAGAAAUCCUCAGUUGAAGUGGCAGAUCCAGAAUACUGGAGAUUGUAUCAGUUUUCAUUUGUAGGUUUAAGAAAUACAACUGAUAUCUCUCGUACUCAUUCUGGGGAUUAUGUUGUCAUGACGAUCUUCUUUGAUCUGAGCAGACGCAUGGGGUAUUUUACGAUUCAAACAUACAUUCCUUGCAUACUGACUGUUGUUCUUUCCUGGGUCUCCUUCUGGAUUAAUAAAGAUGCAGUGCCUGCAAGGACUUCCUUAGGCAUCACCACCGUAUUGACGAUGACCACACUGAGUACAAUUGCAAGGAAGUCUCUUCCCAAGGUGUCUUACGUAACAGCAAUGGACCUUUUUGUCUCGGUGUGUUUCAUUUUCGUGUUUGCUGCCUUGAUGGAGUAUGGCACCUUGCAUUAUUUCACCAGCAACAGAAAAGGAGCCAAGAAGAAUGACAAGAGAGUAAACAGGAAACCUGUGAAUCCAUCUCCCCUUGCUGUCCACCCUGGCUCAACGUUAAUUCCAAUAAACAAUAUCCGCCACCUUCAAGAACAUGAUGACCAUUAUGGCUACGAAUGCCUUGAAGGUAAGGACUGCACCAGCUUCUUUUGUUGCUUUGACGACUGCCGCACAGGAUCUUGGCGAGAAGGAAGAAUACACAUCCGGGUGGCCAAAAUUGACUCCUACUCUCGGAUCUUCUUUCCCACAGCCUUCACCCUGUUCAACCUUGUGUACUGGAUUAGUUACCUUUACAUGCAACCAAAAUACUACAUCAAGUGA